UCACUGCGUUCGCAUUCUAUUGGUUGUCACAGUCUCGUGAAUCGCUGAGGCAGUGUGCUUGUGUUUUGGUUGCUGGAAGGAGGAAGCGGGUGUGGAAGAUGUCCGGUUACAGGAGCCAGAUUAGCAAAAGCAAAGACCCGUCAGGGUUACUCAUUUCUGUGAUUAGGACACUUUCAACCAGUGAUGAUGUGGAGGACAGGGAGACUGAAAAAGGACGUCUGGAGGAGGCUUAUGAAAAGUGUGACCAUGACUUGGAUGAAAAGAUUGAGCAGCACUUCACUGAACUCACUACUGCUAUCCGUACUUACCAGAGCAUAACUGAACGCAUUACCAGUUCACGCAACAAGAUCAAGCAGGUAAAAGAAAACCUCCUGUCCUGCAAAAUGCUACUUCACUGCAAGCGAGAUGAAUUAAGAAAGCUGUGGAUUGAGGGCAUUGAACACAAGCAUGUCUUAAACCUCUUGGAUGAAAUCGAGAACAUCAAGCAAGUACCACAAAAACUUGAACAGUGUAUGGCUAGCAAGCAUUACCUCAGCGCUACUGACAUGCUGGUAUCCGCUGUUGACUCAUUGGAAGGGCCCUUGCUUCAGGUGGAGGGGCUUAGCGAUCUGCGACUGGAGCUUCAUAGUAAGAAGUUGAACAUGCAUUCCGUGCUUAUUGAUGAGCUACACCGUCACCUUUACAUUAAAUCUACAAGCCGAGUAGGGCAGUGGAAUAAAGAUAAAAUGAGGAGCAGUUUACUUGUGAAGGAUUCUCCAGUACCUCUUCUUGACGUUACAAAUUUGUCAACACCUCGUAAAUUUCUUGAUGGAUCCCAUUUUGGGACUCCUACUUGCUCAAGUGUUAAAGAGCUGAGUCUAGAGGACAUUAAAGAGGACCCUGAUUCUGACCCUGAGGAAAAUAGCAAAAUUUUUAUGGGAAUUCUUAUCAAAGGUCUGGCUAAGCUGAAGAAAAUCCCAGAAACUGUUAAGGCCAUAAAAGAACGGUUAGAGCAGGAACUAAAGCAAAUUGUCAAAAGGUCCACUACUCAGGUAGCAGAUAAUGGCUAUCAGAGAGGAGAGAACAAUACUCAGGAGAACCAACCACGGUUGCUUCUUGAGCUGCUGGAGCUACUUUUUGAUAAGUUCAAUGCUGUGGCCACAGCCCAUUCAGUGGUUCUGGGACAUCUGCAGCAGACUGUCUUAUCUCCCACCAGCCAACACGAUGGCGACAUAAAACUUUAUGACAUGCCUGAAGUAUGGGUAAAAAUCCAGACAGUUCUUCAGAUCCUGCUGACUGAGUACCUUGAUAUGAAAAACACCAAAGCAUCCUCUGAGGCAUCAACCCAGCUAAGCUAUGCCAGCACUGGCCGUGAAUUCGCUGCGUUCUUUGCAAAGAAGAAACCCCAAAGGCCUAAGAACUCCCUUUUCAAAUUUGAGUCAUCUUCACAUGCAAUUAGCAUGAGCGCAUAUUUAAGGGAACAGAGGAGGGAGCUCUACAGCAAGAGUGGGGAACUGCAAGGUGGUCCUGAUGAUAACCUGAUUGGUGGAGGAACACGAUUUGUCUGUAAACCAGGUGCCAGAAAUAUCACUAUAAUAUUCCAUCCCUUGCUCAGUAUGAACCUGCUUGCGAAUGCGCAGUUGGAGGGAGCAGGAAAUCUUGUUGGCGUGUUGGCGGUAAGACCCGAAGCUUCUACGACUGAACAGAAGAUGGCGCCCAGAUUUAUACAAGAGAUUGAGCAUGCCAUGGGGCUAGGCCCAGCUAAGCAGUGCCCUCUGCGAGAGUUCCUAACUAUGUAUAUCAAAAACAUCUUCCUCCAUCAGGUGUUAGCAGAAAUCAACAAAGAGAUAGAAGGUGUCACAAAGGUGUCUGAUCCUUUGAAAAUAUUGGCAAGUGCUGACACCAUGAAAACUCUUGGAGUCCAGCGUCCACUCCUGCAGAGCACAGUUAUUGUGGAAAAAACUGUGCAGGAUUUGAUGAAUUUGAUGCGCGACCUCAGUGCAUACUCAGAUCAGUUCCUUAAUAUGGUGUGUGUGAAACUACAAGAAUAUAAGGACACCUGCAGUGCUGCAUUCAGGACAGUAGUUCAGUCUGAGGAAAAGAUGGUCAUAAGUGCUUCAUGGGCCAAGGAUGAUGACAUCACAAGGCUUUUAAAGUCUCUUCCCAACUGGCUAAACAUGGCUCAGCCUAAACAGUUACGUCCUAAGAGAGAAGAGGAGGAAGAUUUUGUACGAGCUGCUUUUGCCAAAGAAUCUGAAGUUUUGAUUGGGAACCUUGGUGAUAAACUCAUCCCACAGGCGGAGAUCAUGGGGGAUGUCAGUGACCUGAAAGCAUUGGCAAAUUUACAUGAGAGCCUGGAGUGGUUGGCUGGAAGGCUAAAAGCAGCUAUUGCCAGUUUUCCAAGUUCACAGACAAUGUCCCCUGGCUCAGACAGCAUUGCAAGUGUGGAUAUUCCAGUUGUUUCUGAACUGAUCUUACAAACCUUAAGUGAGCUGGCAAAGUCAUUUCAGGACAUGUCGGACCGCUGUCUUCUGGUCCUGCACUUGGAAGUCAGAGUUCAUUGCUUUCAUUAUCUCAUUCCCUUAGCCAAGCAAGGAAAUUAUGCCAUUGUUGCCAAUGUGGAAAGCAUGGACUAUGACCCCCUGAUAGUUCGUCUCAACAAAGACAUUAGUGGCAUCGAAGAGGCAAUGGGUGCCAGUCUUCAGCAGCACAAGUUCCAGUACAUUUUUGAAGGACUAGGUCAUCUAAUUUCUUGCAUCCUGAUUAAUGGUGCUCAGUACUUCAAGCGUAUCAGUGAGUCUGGUAUCAAGAAGAUGUGCAGGAAUAUCUUUGUCCUCCAGCAGAACCUUACAAACAUCACUAUGUCCCGAGAGGCAGAUCUGGACUUUGCAAGGCAGUACUAUGAGAUGAUGUACAACACUGCAGAUGAACUGUUAAAUCUGGUGGUGGAUCAGGGAGUGAAGUACACAGAGCUGGAAUAUAUCAAUGCAUUGAGCCUCCUCCACCGCAGCCAAACUGGAGUAGGAGAUCAGACAACCCAGAACAUGAGGCUGCAGCGCCUAAAGGAAAUCAUCUGUGAGCAAGCCGCCAUCAAGCAAGCAACCAAGGACAAGAAAAUCACCACUGUGUGAUAUGACACUGAUACCAAAAGCAAGAACAAUCUGGAACAGCACCACUUUUUAUUUCACACAUCUUAGGGUAUAACAGUAAUGUUUCAGGCCAUGUGUGGCCUUUUAUCAAGCUUGAUAAACUUGACAGCUUGAUAAAACAUUGAAACAUUACUCUAAUGCCCUAAGAUGUGUGCAAUGAAGUAUUUUUAUUUAAAAUGCCAAGUGGUGCUGUUCCAGAUUGUUCUUGCUUAUAUAUACGGAUGGGAAGUGGCCAUUGGGGAACUUGCACUAUUCCAAAAGAGAGGUGCCGUGCUGACUACUAUCUACAAAACUGAUACCAAAAUGGUCAGGAAUGUAACGCACAGCAACUGUGUAUUCAUCCAUUAAAUGUUUUCAGAAUGUUCAUGUUUGGUUAAUUAAUUGUUACUAGUUCUGGAACUUAAAUCAAAUAUGAGAAAUAAUGUACCAGAAUAAAACAAGAAGUCUCACUGGUUACAUGUAUUCAGUGUCCUGCUGAUAUAACAUCAUUCCUCUGCACUCACCCAUUAUCAAUAUAUAUAUAUAUAUAGGACAUUAAGAUAUUCUGUGCAUUAAGCUACCAAGAAAUGCCCCCUUUAAGUAAAACAAUAUACUUCAAGCUGGCACUGACCUCAUAUUGUGUCUAUUAGUAGCAUACAGCCCAGUUGUAAAACAAGGGGAACAUCCUCCCCACCUCUUUCUAACCAGUACCAUAACCCCCUCUGGCCAUUCACAAACUGCAUCAACUGGGCUCCCAGAAUGUGCACCCUUUCCUUGUAUCUUUUGGACAAGAGGAGCAGAGUUGGUGGGUCAUGAAAUGGCAGGCUUCCUGGUAGUGAAUGCCUAAUAGUAGCCUGCAAACUGGCCCAGCAGGCUUCCCCAUAGUGACCAAUGCCCAAUGGAAGUUGACCUAGUCCUCCUGGCAUACAUGGCAAAUGCUCCUGGAGUGCAUUCUUUAGCCUUACAGGAUUUCACUUAAUAAAAAUUGGUUUAUAUUCCAGUUGACCAUUAAAAUUGUUCUUUGCCAAGCCUUGUAUUCACUGCACAAUUUAUAUUUGGUUUUAUUUUGUACGCUAUCUAUAAAUAAAGCAUGUACAAAGAAAAAAUA